AUGCGGUUUCAGCAACGAACUUUCAGCGUCUGCGGCGGGUACCACCACACCAACUCGAUGGCGGCUCCCCUCGAGGCCACCCAGCGAGCUGAGCUGUUGAUCAAGCUGGGCAUGACGCAAAAGCAGCGGGAUCAGUCUUGCCUCUGUCUCUGCGUCAUCUGGUUUUUUGCUGGCGUGGAAUACGCCAUCAUUUUACCAACCCUCUGGCUCUAUCUUCAGGAUCUGGGCAUGGCCAAGCACUGGUAUCUUGGGCUGGUGCUCUCCGUCUUCAGCAUUGCCAAUGUUUGCGCAUCGCCCAUCUUUGGCUCAAUCGCGGAUCGCGGGUAUAUCAAAGAGGUCCUCAUUCUGGCCUCCUUUUUCAUGAUUCUGGGCAACCUGUUUUACUUUGUGGCUGAUGACGGCCUCGUGGUGCUGGAGGCACGCUUUUUGACCGGAUUUGGCGCCGGUGCUGCCUCUGUGGCGUUUGCCUACUUGGCCCGGGUGACCACUCUGGCCGAACGCACCAAAGUCAUAGGGACCACCGUGGCGACACGCCAGCUCGGUCUACUCAUUGGGCCCGCUCUGAAUUUCGGCACCGAGCAUCUUCAUGCUCGCCUCAGCCACCUGAUCACCAUCACCCCCCUCAACAUACCUGGGCUUUUGAUGACCGGAUUUUGGCUCAUCGCAGCGCUGGUGACCGUCUUCAUGUUCAAAGACAUCCCGCCUGCCCUCGCGAGUGCGGAGGACGAAGAAGAGGAGGCCUCUUCAGACAGCAAAGCUUCUCUCGUUCUGCCUCGCCAAGCAGCUGGCUCAGAGCCAUCCUUGGUGCUGGAUGAGCCGGACGAAACAGCUCCACUCAUCUCUAUCCAGCAAUCCGCACCUCAGUUGGGUCGGCGUGCUCCGCCAAAGUCCAUCUGGGCUGAGUACACCCAGUUACCUGUUUUAGCCAUCUUUGUCAUCUCCUUCCUCUGCAUCUUUAACCAGCUCGCCCUUGAGACCUGGGUGACUCCCUUUACGAAUAAGUACUUUGGUUGGCGAGAAACCGCCAACAGUAUCAUGUACAUGAUCAUUGGCUUUGUGGCCAUCAUGGGGUUUCUCAUUGUGCGGAGAAUGGCACAUCAAGGUGCAUCGGACCGAGCACUGAUGCUCAUUGGCUUGAUCCUGGAGGCCAUCGGGUACAGUUUGCAUACACAAUACACGUGCACGCUCCUGUGUCAACCUUUGAGACCUCAUGGUGGCUUCAAACGCAAACGACUCUCUUCCGCAUCAUAG